AUUUAGUCUUUAGAGGUUAUUUUUCGUAAAAAGCCAAAUACAAUAAUUUUUCAGUAGAACUUUUAUUUAUGUGCCUAAAAAUUUAGUUUGGUGUAUUCUUCUCGCAAUGCACAAACUUAAGUCUUCACAAAGAGAGAAGGUGAAAAAAUUUAUCUCGUUUACACAAACGGGAGAAAAUACUGCUAUUUAUUGUUUGGCUCAAAACGACUGGAAAUUGGAUCUUGCCAGUGAUAAUUAUUUUCAGAAUCCUGAGGCUUAUUAUAAAGAACAAAGGAACGUUGACAAAAAAAAAUUAGAAGCAUUAUACAGUAGAUACAAGGACCCUAGUGAACCAGAUAAGAUAACUGCAGACGGAAUACUUAAGUUUUUGGACGAUUUAGGACUUUCUCCGGAAUCUAAACUAGUUCUCAUUAUUGCGUGGAAGUUUAAAGCAGCAACACAGUGUGAAUUUACUAGGGAUGAAUUUGUUAAUGGUAUGACAGAAGUCGGUUGUGAUAGUAUUGAAAAACUUAAAUCUCGCCUGCCUAGUUUGGAAAAUGAACUGAAAGAUAAUUACAAAUUUAAAGAUUUUUACCACUUUACCUUUAAUUUUGCAAAAAACCCAGGACAGAAGGGCUUGGAUCUUGAUAUGGCAAUUGCUUAUUGGAAUAUUGUUUUAAAAGGAAAAUUCAAAUUUCUGGAGCUCUGGUGUAAAUUUCUGCAAGAACAUCAUAAAAAGUCAAUUCCAAAAGAUACAUGGAACUUGUUAUUGGAUUUUGCAGGCCAAAUUUCAGAUGACAUGAGCAACUAUGAUGAGGAAGGUGCCUGGCCUGUGCUUAUUGACGAUUUUGUUGAAUGGGCUAGGCUAAAAGCUAAAGACCAACAGCCACAUAGCACCACUAGCCAGUUAGAAUAGCAAUUAAAAAUUCUAACAUGAAAAUAACACGAAAACACCUGCUAACAAAAUAACAACGUUGUGUAUUAUAUAUGCUGCUGUUAUCAUUGUAACGAUCUAAAGAGACACAAAGGUGGAAUAUGUUGUUGGUUAUUUUUGUCUUUCCGUUGCCUAAUAAUUAUCAUGUAAUAUAUAUUUUUUUGUUGUUUGUACACUACAAAUGAACUGGGAUGCUGGAUCUUUCUUUCCUUUUUUUUUCAAUUUGUUUUAAGAUUUCAAGGGAUGGAAUUAUUUAGCUUACAUACAAUUACGUUUGUUUAUCGCGAAUAAUAAAAGUUGUUUUGCGCGUGUCGUUUUAACAGUUAAGAGUGCAUUGUA